AUGUCGGUGACGUAAAGGGCAUGAACUCUCUGUGGGUGUGAGAGACCUGAGGGAAGAUAAAGGGGCAAGUGACAGCCCUGUUGAGCAGACACUCCUGACUGAUCGACCUCAGUGGGCAGACAGACUUCACUUCAACCCAGUGUGAAAAAAAUAAACCAGCCAAGAUGUGUUGCAAAGGCUUUCUCAAAGUGAUGAUGUUUAUCUUCAAUGGCAGCAUCUUUUUGGCGGGUGCAGCCAUCCUGGGUGUCGGGGUGUGGGUAAAGGUGGACAGCGGUUCUCUGCUGGAUGUACUGAAUAACUUGCAGAACGCUUCCUCUCAGUUAUCCCAGCUGGCUAACGUCAGCUACCUGCUCAUCGCUGUGGGUGCUGUGCUGGUGGUGAUUGGCUUCCUGGGUUGCUGUGGAGCAGUGAAGGAGAGCAAGUGUAUGCUGCUGACGUUCUUCAGCAUUGUGCUGAUUAUUUUCAUCAUCGAGGUUGCAGGAGCUGUGGUGCUGUUCGUCUUCCAGGGUUUGGCUGAUCAGCUUUUUCGGGAUGUGCAAGACGAAGUUAGAAAAAGCCUUCAACGUGAAUACGGGAACGAAGGAAGUCUGACAACUAUCUUUAACACCACCAUGGAGAAGUUUCAGUGCUGCGGGAUCCAGAACUACACAGAUUUUGAUAAUUCUCCUUUUAACAAGGAAAAUGGAGGUCUUUACCCAGAAACAUGCUGCAAUAAAACUGUCACUUUGGGUGAUUGCAAUUUAAGUGAAGCAGAGCAAUCGACCGUUGAUAACUGCCUUAACAAACUGGUGCAGCUCAUAGAGGAAAAUGCCCUGAUAAUUGCAGCUGUGGCUCUAGGAAUCGCGGCUCUUGAGAUUGCAGCCAUGGUGGUUUCGAUGGUUCUUUACUGUCAGGUCGGCAGUAAGGAUUAAUGUUUCCUGUCUGGGAUGAAAUAACAACAGUUGUAACUGGUGAAGACAUUUGAAUUGCAAGCGUUAUUUUUGUGUGUUUUGUUUUUCUGUUUGUUUUGGGUUUUUUUUGUAUAAAGUUUUUUUUUAUAUUUGAUUGAAAACAGACAGAAAUCAAAGAAUCGGUGGAGCUGAUGUUUAUCUGUACACAUUUAUACAGGGACUUAUUUAUGUUUUAAAAGGGCUGUUGUCAGCUGACUUUGUAUGUGCUGAUACAUAUAGUUAGCAAUGUGUAAUGAUGCACAGAGCAGAGAGCAUCUGCAUAAGUCUUGUCAGUUGUUUAUGUCCCCCACAUUCUCUGCAAUAAUAUAUUAAAUUUAUUUUUGUAUGUUUGAUCAUGCUGAAAUGAUGAAUGUUUGAAUGAAUGAAUAUUUAUACAUUGAUUCUGGUCUCCUUUUGCGUAUUUUUAUAUGUGAAUUUAGCGAACAUGUAAUAUGCAAACGCAUACUUGUGUGGAUCUGUGAAGUUUAGAAGUUAAACUGUGUUAGACGAUAACGUAUUUGUCACCAACGGAUUCUGGACUGAACAAAGCAUGAACCAAUAAACAGCUAAAGCAGCAUAUCUGA